UGAGAGUUUUGCAAUAUAUUUUUAUUGCAGCAGUCUCAACGUAAGCGUCGAAGUCACAAAAUCGCAGCAAACUCAGCUAAGCACACGUUUGCAGGCUACACACACUCAAAAAUUAGCAUUUGCUGAGAAGCUGAGAGCUGAGCUGAGAGCUGAAGCCGAACAACUACCCACCUAAAACUGAAACUAAAACAAAAACUCAACUAAAAAUCAAAUAAACUGCUACUAAAACCAAAGCAGCUGCUGUUAAAAAACUUUUACUAUUAACUUGCAAAAGCCACAACGCCAACGCUCAACGCCAACGCAGGACGCCAACGCAGCAGGACUACAAACAAAAUGAACGACAGUCGACGGAAUACGGCCACGGAAUUUAGUUACAUACUACAGCGUCAGGGCAGCGAUGUGUCCGCCGUUGAGGCUUAUGCAUUCGAUGACUUCAACAACCUAAUGAAGCAUGACCAACAGACACAUCAGCAACAGGGCCAGCAACAGCCACAACCAGUGCAACAACAACAACAACAACAGCCACAGCAGCAGCAACAACAACAACAGCAGCAGGCUGGCAUAGCAGGAGAUGCGCUCUCCUCUUUACCACAGGCCUCGUUUAACUACAUCAACUCCAUCGUUGGCAGCGGCGUCAUUGGCAUACCCUACGCUCUACAUCGCGCUGGCUUCGGUCUGGGCCUGGCACUGCUCAUACUGGUUGCCUACAUUACCGACUAUUCGCUCAUACUAAUGGUCAGAUGCGGUCAUAUUUGCGGGCGCUUUAGCUAUCCCGGCAUUAUGGAGGCUGCCUAUGGCAAAUAUGGUUACUAUUUGCUAUCGCUGCUGCAGUUUAUGUAUCCCUUUUUGGCCAUGAUAUCAUACAAUGUUGUUGUUGGCGACACUUUAUCCAAAGUGCUGGUGCGCCUGAUUCCCUCAUGGGGCGAUUCCAUGGGCGCCGUUCGAUUGGGCGUCGUCUUUUUUGUCACCGUUGGCGUCGUCGUGCCCCUUUGCCUCUAUAAGAACGUCUCGCGUCUGGCGCGCGCCAGUUUUAUAAGCCUCGCCUGUGUUGUCUUCAUUCUGUUCGCUGUCAUACUCAAGCUCAUGUCGGGCGAUUACAAAGUCACGGAUACGGCCGAGUCUUGGCGCUUUGCAAACACGGAUCUAAUCCCCGCCACGGGCAUCAUGGUGUUUGCUUUCAUGUGUCAUCACAAUACUUUUCUCGUUUAUCAAUCGAUGCGCGAGGCGACCCUGGAGCGCUGGGAGAAGGUCACCCACAUCUCAAUUGGUUUUGCCUGGACAGUUGCCGCACUCUUUGGCAUUGCUGGCUACUCGACAUUCCGUGCUCUGUCCCAAGGUGAUUUACUGGAGAACUAUUGCUGGGAUGAUGACUUGAUGAAUUUCUCGCGUGUACUCUUCUCUAUUUCAAUACUGCUGACGUUUCCCAUCGAAUGCUUCGUAUCACGUGAGAUUGUGCGCGCCUUGGUUCAUCGGUUUGUGCUAAAGGAGCCCAUCAGUGAGUUCACACAGGAUAAGGAUCCCAGCUUGGAGAAGGGCGCCGAAAUUGACGAGUAUUCGAAAGCAAUUACGUUGGCGAUUGUGUUCAGCGCCUUCAUUAUAUCGCCCAUGACCGACUGUCUGGGCUCGGUGUUGGAAUUGAAUGGUCUACUGGCUGCUAUACCUUUGGCUUAUAUACUGCCGGGUCUGGCCUACAUACAAAUGGAACCGCAUGCGCUUUUCAGUCGGGAGAAGCUGCCCGCCUUGGGAUUGGUGGUGUUUGGCGCACUGGUCACUAUUCUAGGAGCGGCUGUGCUGCUGCCUGGCCUAAUGGGCGGCGAUUGUCGAGCGGAUAUUGUGAUGGGCUAUUGCCGGCAGGAGUUUCAGAAUGCCACCGUUGCGAACAAGGUGGUGCUGAAUUAAGGCCAGCCGAGUGUUCUAGCCAAAUGUCAUUAGUUAAGUCCUUAAGGAUUGGCAUCCUUUGAUUCGUGCUUAUGUUUCGCUUCAUUGCUUUGUGUUUUGCAUUUUCUCACAUUUAAAUAUUCUUUUUGUUUGGUAUCUUUUUGUGGAUAAGCAGCAAAUGCUUGCUAUAAAGGUAAAGGUACCUGAGUAUCUCAAGUUCAAAUGUAUCUGUCCGUCUGUCUGUGUGUGUGUGUGUGUGUCGUCGUUGUCGUCUACUAUGUCCCGUGUAUGUGUUAGCUGUGAGGCUGAAGUGAUACGAGCAAUUUGAAACCUGAAACUCAGUACAAAAUAGAGUGCUUAAGAUCCAAAAGUAUUAAAGCAAGCGAACGAAAAGUAUUCAACUUAAUUUGUAAAACAUACAUUAAGCUGUUAUUUAAAUAUAUUUAAUUGUAGUGCAAGUUCCUUAAACGUUAGCAGAUUAUUGGUGUAAUGCAUGCGAAAUUUCUCAUCUCUCUCUCUCUUAACAGCGUUGUGCCAAAAAACGAAAAGCAAGUGAAAAAUUGUAAUUGUGCACAACGCUUUGGCAUAAUUGUUAUUGUAAUUAAACAAGUAGCAUUAGCGUAGUCUGAAAUUAUAUUUGGGCACCAAUAUACAAACAGACACACGAACAACAACAAACAGAGCAUGGAAACAAAACUAAAAAUGAAACAUUAUAGUCAAAAAAAAAAUAUUUAAAGCGAACUAUUUGUAAUUUAUCUAAUGUUAUUGCGAAAACGAAAUCGAAUCAUAUUUAAACGUUUUAUAUAUAUGUAUACAAAUAUAGGAAAACAUUGCUUGUGACUAAGCUUUAAACAAAUUGUUACAAACAUACAAAGAAACAAACACAAACACUGAAAAU